AUGACAAUCGCGUUCAAACCAAUAAAACUGCUAACUCUGGCGGUUGGCAAGUCGCCGGCUUAUCACCCCCUCUCUCAAGCAGGUUUUAGAACCUACGCGGACAAAAGCAAAGCUCCGACGACCACCAAACAUGUUGCGGGGACACAAAAAGAGGAGCGUGUUCGCGUCCGCCGAGCGCGACCGAUCGACGUGCCCCGAGUGCUGCGAUUUGUGAAAGAGCACGCGAAGACGGCCUGGCCCAGUCUGCGCCAAAACAACUCGCAGAACAUCGUCCUGACAGACUUCAUGGCCAGGACACUAGCCCAGGGUAACUUCGGGUUUUUAAAAACACGAUUCGAAUGCGCGAGCUUUGGUUAUUUAAAUAAAAUGACAGGUCACUCAAUGCUUGCUGAACAGCAAGAGUCGAAGCGUAGCUGGGGAGAGAUCCGUGGCCUGGCGCUGAACACAGCGGUUUGCCCCUGGGAUGCCGCUCUUCUAGAGAAGUGGGCCCGCUGCGUCCAGUGCACGAGAUCUCGUCAGCUCAUGCUGUUCACUGCGCACUGCCUUCGGGCGCCUGGCCUUCACGACAAGUACAAUGUGCACGCUGUUUUGCAGGUAGUCUUACUUGUGCCACCAAAUGUACCAAAAGCGUCCGAAGUAGCUCGUCUGCUGGCUAAAAAUGCGUUACAUCGAGGGCGUGACACCGGUUUCCCUGUGCUACGCGAAAAGGCCCUCAGCGGUUUAAAUCUGCAAAAAGAGUGGGAGUUCUUCUACGAAGUAACCCCGGAUUCGAUAAAGGAAUGCACACAGACGGAAACUUUGAAGGAAGACAAAGCUUCGCCGGCACAAAACUCCGACUCCAAGCCAAUUAACCACAUCAAAGUCUAUUCGGCUUUUCCCCUACGAAAAUAA